AUGUGGAGCAACGGUUCAAUAUCAAUUUCUACAUUUAUCCGUCGCUACCGUACCUCUGUAUCUUUAUGCACCCUUGUCAUUAUUCUAUUUCUUGUCAACGUCUCCAUCCAUUCCAAAAACCAAGAAGACUUACUUUUAGCACAGAAUAAAAAUGCGGAACCAGAUUUUUCGAUAACAGAAGAGCUACGUAUGCUGAGAUUAGCAUUUCUCAAAUGGAGAACAUGCAUGAGAGAAAUUCUGGAUGAUCAUCAGCUUUCACUAGAUGAUAUGGAUCCACAAGAUCCGCAGUUUAGUUACUUGCAAUGGUUGGUCAGUCAAGCCGAUAAAAAGCGAAAAGAAUCUGAGGAGGAUACUAGCGAAAAUUUUGAUCAUCUCUGGCACAAAUUGGGUUCAUAUGCAGAUAAAUGUCGUUCCAAAACAGAUUUAUGGCAUAUGGAACCUGAAACAGUCGUUGGAACUGCUCUAAAGUUUUUUAUGCCCUCACCUUCGGACACUUCAGCUACGUUUGUUCGUGUCGGAAUCGGAGCGAAUGUUUCUAUUGAGCGGUAUUUCAAAAAACGGUUGUCUCCGGAGUCUGAAUUUUAUGGUGCCGACCCUGUUUUUCUGGAAAACUCACAAAUUUAUUCACCAAUAGGGAUAUUCUUCCCGUUCGCAGUUGGUAAUGAGACAGGAUUGAAACAAGCAACAUUGAAGUACUCCACAGAAAGAGUAUCUUCCAAAUUUGUGAAUCACAUUGGAAUCGAUAUAUUUUUCCAAAAUCUCAUCAGAAAAGAUAUCAUCGACUACUUGAUAUUUGAAGGAGACGGUGGAGAAUAUGAUAUGAUGUCUCAUUUAGCAAAAGGUGGAACACUUGAAAAAGCUGGAAUCACUGUGUGUCAAAUUAACAUUGAGUAUCAUCUUCCAAAGGAGAUGAAAGAUCCGAGGAAAGAAAUAUUCCGGAAACACAUUAUUCAAUUUAUUAGAGAUCGAAAAUACACACUACUUUCUGUGACAAACAUGGGUAACUUACGAGUCUUCUGGGUAAACACGUCUUCACUGGAAUGUGCAAGGAGGUAUCUGGAGCGAUUAUUUUCAAAUGAUGUUGAAUUGGUUUGA